AUGGCGCAAUUCGCCAUGAGCAGGCUCUUCCGCCAGAGCACCACCAGCUCGGUGCGCCAGUCUAUUCUGAGACCGACGCAGGCCCGCAGCUAUGGUUCAAACGCAGCAAUCCCAACCUUCACCUCAACAUCCUCCCCCGAGUUGGACGAAGCUCUAGAGCGGUUCCGUAAUGAGCUGUUCAUACCCCUUGCUCUCCCCAAGCGACAGAGAAAGAGUGUGUUCAGGGAGAAAUACGCCACACAAUUGCAAAAUGAGCCGAUUACCGUGAAGAUCAGCGAGACCGAAGAGUUCACUCUAACGCCCAAGAAGCACCACGAUCUGCCAUCGAAGAAAGACGCUCUCGAGGUUCUCAAGAUGAUGGUCGCGAACCAGGACUUCAGCAACCUUUUCCCGUAUCUCAGUGGACUCCGGAUGUCUAACUAUGCUAUCAACAGCGACCGGUGGGAGUAUAUCAUUCGCAAAACCAGCGAUGCUAACAAGCUUUCAACCAUUAUCGCGUGCGCCAGGCAGUCCCAGCGCACCGGCUUGACUCUCGGCAACAAGAACAUUGCUCGCCGUCUGUUCUUCGAGCUUCACAAAACAGCCGCCAAAGCCGACUUCAAGAGGAGGGAAACCUUCUGGGCUCUGAAAUUGGCCAGGGAGGCAGCAAGUCUGAUGGAUGCUGCUGAGCACUCCGUUCGGAACAUCCAGGAAGACCCCAAACACCAGCCUUUCGUUAUCGGUACGCUUUUGGAACUCAGUGCCGCCUGUGCGAAAAUCGACGAGACCUACACGCCCUCACUCUGUGGCUACGCUCAGAAGCUUGAUGCAGCCUGGUCCCGAGGAAAUUUCAAGGACGAUGCGGCCACUGGCUUUGAAAACAUUAAGAGACUCGAGGAGAACCUGGCCGUUUACAACGGCAUGCGUUUGGCCCUUGGGUUUACCAAGGCAUCAAAAGACACUGGGAAUUUCAAGGCUCGCUGUGAUGAGCUUAAGCCUGUCUUGAUUUCGCAGUUGCAGAAAGUCAAGAAUGCCGACGUGCUUGGAGACAAGGUGGCUAGGGAAUUGCUUGGGACAAAGCCCAAACAAGAGGUUGAGGAAAACGCUUGA